AUGUCUCUCACCCGAGUCUCUUCUGUCGAUGGGCUGGAGCGGUCACGGAGAGGCUCCAGUGCCUCUGCCCAUCGGAGGAUGAGCUUCAAUCCCGUCGCCGAGUGGGUUCCGCCCACCGAUCGAAGACCUAGUAUCGUCCAGGCCGCCCUGGAAUUCGAGGAGGUCUCCAAACAGAUGCGCAUAGUCCAGGUGGUCAUCGCCAUUAUCUACUGUCUCUUCGCUGCCGGUAUCGUCUUCGGCUAUGCCGCGAUCAAACCGGUCCUGAUCGACGAAGGGGUCUUCAAGGACCUCUGUACCCCAGAAGAGGUUGAAAACCAUGUGACGCCAUGUUAUCAACAGGAGAUCCGGCUGAACUUCAUGUUCACCCUUGCUGCCGUCUCGACAAACGUCGCAGCAUUGCCGAUUGGGACGAUUCUUGACAGAUACGGCCCUCGAGUCUGCGGUAUCAUCGGUAGUAUUUUUGGGGCAGUGGGGGCUUUGCUGUUCUCCUUUGCCCCCAAAGUCCAGGGCGACCUCUUCACUCCUGGCUACUUCUUCCUUGCUUUGGCAGGCCCUUUCGUUUUCAUCUCCUCCUUCCAGCUCUCCAACACCUUCCCGCGGAACUCGGGUCUGAUUCUAGCACUCCUGACCGGCGCCUUCGACUCGUCUUCCGCGUUGUUUCUGGUCUUUCGGCUCAUCUACGAAGCAACCAACGGCAAAAUCAAUACCCACCGCCUCUUCCUCAUCUAUCUCGUCGUCCCUAUCUUCAUCUUCCUCGUCCAGGUCUUCAUAAUGCCCAAGGAAUCUUACAAGACGGUCAGCGAAGUGGUCAAGGAUGCAGAAGAGGAAAUAAAUGCACCUACGCCCCCCGAACUGACCGAAGAAGAGAGACGAGCAUACAGAGACCGUCGGGCAAGCACAAUCACAGAGGUCAAUCUGUUACUCGACAAGUCCACCAACACCAAACGGGCGAAAAGGGAGGAAACAAAGAACAGCAAGUCCGGCGUCUGGGGUGCCAUGCAUGGCCACACGGCGUGGGAACAAAUCAAGUCUCCCUGGUUCCUGCUCAUCACUCUCUUCACUGUGAUACAAAUGACGCGCAUCAACUACUUUGUCGCCACUAUUCGGCCACAGGAACGGUACCUUCUCGGCUCUGCCCGUAAGGCGAAGCUUGUCAAUGACUUCUUUGAUGUCGCUCUCCCUCUUGGCGGGGUGCUCAGUAUCCCGUUCAUUGGCACUCUGCUAGAUCACACGUCCACGCCGUUUGCUCUGGGCUUCUUGGUGGUUGUAGCCACGAUCAUCGGUGUUCUGGGCUGCCUGCCAUACAUGUGGGCCGCCAUUGCCAACGUAUGCUUUUUCGUUGUCUACCGUCCCUUCUACUACACAACAGUCUCGGAUUAUGCCGCCAAGGUCUUUGGGUUUCAGACCUUUGGAAAAGUUUACGGUCUCAUUAUCUGUUUGGCCGGCCUCUUUAACUUCCUGCAGUCUCCACUCGACGCCGUCACACAUGUUGUUUUCAAUGGCAACCCCAUCCCUGUUAACGUCAUCCUCAUGGGCAUUGCCGUCACCGUGGGCACAGCUUUGGUGAUCUUCACCUAUAUGAGGAGCCGUAGCAUGAAGCGCGAACAGUUGGAAGUAGAAGCAGAGGGCGCUUCGGAGUCACUGAUGCCUACUGCCAACGGAAACUCGUAUGGUACCUAA